UUAACCAGUCCAAAUAUUGCUUGAAAUCUUGAAAUAAGUACAAUAGAAAAUGUUUAAAAAUACAUAUCAAAGUGGAUUAUUAUCAAUAUUCUACAGUUGUGGUUCAAAUCCACUAGCAAUAUGGGAUAUGGAAGUAAAGAAUGGUCACAUAAAACGCCUAACAGAUAAUGAAGUGAACUCAAUAGUACUAGAAAUAGUGAGUACAAAUGUUGCUACAACUUUUAUUACGUGUCCAAAGAGGAAUCAAGUGUUGGGCAUCAAACUUCCUUUCCUUGUGAUGAUAGUGAAAAACCUUAAAAGAUAUUUUUCGUUCGAAAUAACCAUCAUAGAUGAUAAAAACAUGCGGAGACGAUUUAGGAUUUCAAAUUUUCAGUCAACGACAAAAAUUAAGCCUUUCUGUACAAGUAUGCCGAUUGGAUUAUCUGGUGGUUGGAACCAAAUACAGUUUAAUUUAGCCGAUUUUACAAGACGUGCUUAUGGAACACAGUUUAUAGAAGCGCUUCGAGUACAGGUGCAUGCUAAUGCUCGUUUACGGCGUAUAUAUUUUAGCGAACGACUUUAUACUGAGGAAGAGUUACCUCAGGACUAUAAACUAUAUUUACCUCUGGAAAAAAAGUCAAAGAAAGCUAAACAGGAAAAGAAAGAAGAACAGACGGCGAAAAAGAUUCCAGCUCAACCUCCAGCUACAGAAGCCCCUGUUGAAGUUUUUGUUGAACCACCAGUGGAAAGUAAGGUUAGUGCAGCUACUAUACCACCAGUAGUUGUUGGGCCCGGUGAAGAGAAAGAAGAAGAAAUGAUAGCACAUACUGAGUCUGUUGUUGAGAUUACACCUGAAACAGUCGUAGUAGAAGUAUCGUCAAAAGAAGGUGAAGAAACUAUAUUAACAAAAGUGGAAGGUGAAGAAAAUAUUGAACCAACUGCUGAACAAAUAACAGAAAUAAAACCAGAUGAGGAUAUACCUGUAGAAGAAUGA